GAAAGAAGCUGAUCACUGUGUUAAAAUGGCAGAAUUGAUAGAAUACAACUUAGAAGAUGUGGAUGUUGCUAUAUUAGCUGUUCGUGUAGCUCUUGCAAAGGGUAUGAACUGGGAUGACCUUUCACGUAUGGUGAAAGAUGAAAAGAAAGCUGGAAACCCUGUUGCUAGUCUCAUUGACAAGCUCCAUCUUGAGAGGAACUGUAUGACUUUACUGUUGGCAAACAAUCCUGAUGAAAUGGAUGAUGAUAAGAAGACACUCCCUGUAGAUAAGGUUGAAGUUGAUUUAGCUCUCUCAGCUCAUGCCAAUGCUCGGAGGUGGUAUGAACUUAAGAAAAAGUAAGAGAGCAAAUAGGAAAA